AUUUAUUUGGCAGGAAGUUAGCCGCUGCUAACAGGAAGUGGAAUAAUGAGGACGGAUUGAGGCGCAGGAAUUGGCGAACAGCAGCGAGUUCAAACAUUGACCCUUAUUGCCGUUGCAACAGUUCCCUCUGAAACAGGUGGAACAAGCAGCCAGCCACCAGUGUAUGAAGAAGAGCCGAAGGCAGCUAUGUCUUCAACGGUGGAUCUCAAGACAAAGGAGGAGAAGGAUGCAGAGCUGGACAAGCGAAUUGAAGCUCUGAGGAAGAAGAAUGAAGCUCUGAUGAAGAGGUACCAGGAAAUAGAGGAAGAUAAGAAGAAAGCAGAGCAAGAGGGCAUUGCGGUGACUACACCUCGUAAGCCCCGCCCCCAUGAGCCGAAGACGGAGAAAGAAAACUUCACUGUCACAGUCGACCUUUCUAAAGCAACAGGGGAGAAGAGAGUUGUGAACGAAUGGAGACCGGGAACUCCUCGCGGCCGGAAGACAUCAGAGGAGAGCGACAGCCACAGAGGGCAGAGUGAUGGCCGCAGCCCCCCCAGGAGGACCGGGUCUGGGCGAAUGGGUCGGGGAGGUCAGAGAGGAGGAGGUGGUGGAGGAGGUGGUGGUGGAGGAGGAGGAGGAGGAGGUGGUGGUGGUGGAGGAGGACAAGUAGGACAAGGAGUAGGAGGUGGGGGCGGAGGUCGCCAAGACAGGAGAGACUGGGAACCGAGAACACCCAGAGAUGGAGAGCCUGGUGAGGCAGGAGGCCAUGGACGCAGAGGAGGAAGGAGAGGAGGAGGAGGAGGAAGAGGAGGGGGAGGAGGAGGAGGAGGAGAAGGGACACCAGGAGGAAUAGACAGGAAAUCCAAGGAAUGGGAGGAGAAGAGACGACAGAACAUUGAGAAGAUGAAUGAAGAAAUGGAGAGGAUAGCAGAGUAUGAGAGAGGACAGCGGCAGGAUGGAGACAAACCGACCCGUAACUUCCUGGAUGACCCGAGACGUUCAGGUCCAGCCCCGGACACGGACCGCAAGGAGGGCAGCCGGAGACAUGUACGAAACUGGGGGGGACUGGACUUUGACAAUGUGAAGACAGGGUCUGAGCUGGAAAAAGAGUGGACCAGCCGGAGACCUGGUCCCAAAGGCUCUAUGGAUAUGACGAUGUCUAUGACCGGCCGGGAAAGAGCAGAGUACCUGCGCUGGAAGAAGGAGCGUGAGCAGAUAGAUGAGGAGAGAUUAGCACGCCAUCGUAACGCCACAGGCCAGUGGAGACGAGAGUGGGACGCACAGAAGACGGACAACAUGUUCAAAGAGGACCCAUAUGCGGCCACUGAGGGUAUCCCAUCGGAGGGCGGCAGGAGAGCGCGGGGGCAUAACUCUCGUACAGAGCCUCGGGGCAGGGCCUCAGAUGACAGUAAGCGACCUCCGAAAGCGCCGACAUUCGGCGACUUCCUGUCCCAGGGCAGGACCCAGGGGCCGAGGGGCGACCGGAGCAGAGGGAGGGGCCGAGGACAGAAGCAGAGCUACAGCAUGCAUGACAACCGCUGGGAGGGAGAGAAGGAAGAGGAGGAGAAGGAAAAGGAGGAGAAGGAAAAGGAGGAGAAGGAAAAGGAGGACAAGACGAAGAAGGAAGAGAAGAGUAAAAAGAAAGAUAAGGAAGAAGAGAAAUCUAAACCUCCCACAGUACAGAAGGUGCAGGAGAAGAGUGGAGGAGGAGAGGAUGAUGAUGAAUGGGAGGAUGCCAGUGACGAUGGGGAAUAUGAGGAGUUGAGCGACUCGGAGCAAGACUCCAAAGGCGACGAGAAGAAGGACAUCGGAAAGGAGAAGCAAGCAAAGAGCAAAGAGUCCUCCCCAAAAACUCCCAAACCUCGUUCUCGUCAGGCAUCAGCAGGAAGCCCCAAAGAUCAGCGGACUCCCAGGCCAAAGGUCCACAUCCCGCCCCCAGCGGCCGCUCAGGAGUCCCCCGAGGGAGGCAAACCCCUCAGCCCCUUCUCCCCGCUGGACGGCCACAAGCCUGUGUCAGACUGGGGGGAGGAAAUGGAGUUGCUGUCACCCAGGAGCAGCAUGGGAGGCGAGAGCCCGCCGAAACCCUCCAGCGUUGAUUCCAGCCCCCCACAGAAGAAGGAGGAGGAGGAGCAGCAGCAGCAGGAGGAAGAGAUCAAGAGCCAAGCUGCCAGCUCCAGUGAACCUGCCGAGUCACAGAGCGAGGAGCAUGCAGCCGUUGAUGUUUCGUCUCCUCCGGAAAAAGCUGAAAUCCAGGAGAUCCAGGUGAUGGUGUCAGAACCUGACUCGGCUCCUAAAGACUCACCUACUGCACUGCCAUCUGACCCCGCCCCCUGUGAGGUGAAGGUGGAUGAGGAUACGCCUCCAGCCCCGUCACAAGCAGACAAACCCGACUCCCCGCCCGCCCCCUCCGUCCUGGAAGCUGAACCGAGCUCGCCUGAACCUUCAGUAGAAAAAGAAGAUGACGCGCCGCCUGCCGAGAGCGACGCUGCUCCGACAGCAGAAACGCAGCCGUCCUCAGACUGAAGCUGCAGCACGUCUGAGGAUGGAUGGAUGGAGGAGGAGUUGGAUGCAUCACACUACUCAUCCGUGACCACUGCAUAUCUAAAUUUGUUUUAAAAAACAGGGAAAAAAUGACUUCAUCCAUGAUGAGGAGGUGGAGGAGGAGGAAGUGUGCAUUGCCUCCACGGACCAACCUCUCCUUAGCGCUCUGAGCUGUGAUCAAACACCCCCUCCCUUUGCUUCACCUCCUCUCUCUGUAGUACUGAGACAUCAAAAGUAAAAUGUCCAUCAGUGUCUUGGUUUAAAAAUGGCGAUUUCUCUCUACAGACUCGUUGUCUCUGCUCCGAGAGAACAUCUGUGUUUGUGUGCAAAAGUCAUUCUAACACUGCCCUGAGAGCCUCACAGAGGUCGUUUCUGCCUCAGAGAUGCUGCUGAAGUUACAGACAGUAACCUGGAUUACUUCACUGCCUGGAUUACUUCACUGCAUCCUUUUUGUCCAGCAGGCUCUCAUCCCCAUUGAUCGCCCAGCCUGUAUAAGGUCGAUGUGGUCUCUCCUUUCAGGACCAGGAACCGGAAUUUCUCCACGGGAAAAAGACAAUCAUUAACUUCCAACUUCCCCAGUGAUUGAUUGGAUUCAUCUUAUUAGCCGAUCGUCUGCAAAAUGAGGCGAUCGCCGUCCUGUUCUAACAUAGUUACAGGAAACAAGAAAAUGAUGAUUGACACAGAUAUUGACCACGCUUAAACUGAUAUCCUGUAAGAGGAUCUCAAGCACAUUAAUCAAUGAAAAACAAAUCUGCCUUUUCCUCAAUUUUAUUUUCUUGAUGCUGUUGAAAUUAAAAAGGCAGGAUUACAGCUGCCAGACCCAGUUAAUGUUGAGCUUUAAGCAGAGGUGACAGCUGUUUGCUAAGCUCGCUUCUUUCCGAUCAGUUUCCGUCUUUUCCAUCAGGUCACGCUGUAGUUUCACCGCUUCAUUUUUUUUAAGGUGGCGGCACAGAUGACGCAGAUUUAAUUAAAUUUUAAUUGAUCAUGUGAUUCUAAUUCAGCUCAGAUUCAAACUCUGCUGUUCAUCGGCUCAUUUUGUGUCGAACAAUAUCGAACGUAAUAAUAUCAUGUAAUGAGUUAUUGUUUGUAGUAGAUGGUGGCAGUAAAACGGCGCCCUUUUUACUCCGAGGACAGCAACUGUUUAGGUGUCAGGCACACCGGCUCGAUCUGAAUGGUGACGGCUUUUUAACUCGACUGCACACAUAGUUACACCGUUUGGGCGAAAUGUUGGCGUUUUCCAUCCAUCCGUCCGUUUUCUGCCACUUAUCUGGGUUCGGGUCACAGGGGCAGCAGUCUGAGUAGACUUCCCUCAUCCCGACCAUCUUCUCCAACUCAUCCAUGUUGACACAGUCAUUCCCAAGCCAGCCAGUAGAUUUUAUCAAGUUUUUAUCACUAAAUAUAACUUUUAAUCAACACUUAAGCAAAGAUUUGUUCUUUGAACUGCACAGACUCGCUGUGCAACAACAUAAACUGUGUCUUUGAAUUAUUUGGGAAGUGCAGCAUGAAAUUCAGACACUUUUCAUAAAGAUUAAUUUAUUAUGUGGAUUCAUUUUUGAUCAAAUCUGAAAACACAAAAAUAUUGCUUCAGAAUUCUGUGAAAAUCACAUUUUUGUGAUAUUUUUAUCCUAAAGCUGAAGUUUGCUUGUCCUCAGAGGCAGCAGCCAUCAGCAGUCUCUCUUCAGUCGUGUCACUAUGUUGAGCCUAACACAGUGCAUUUGAUCUGAUCUGAGUUACAAAGAGAUUCACAUAUUUGCAACACAGGAAUCCACCGACUGCAUAGUUGCGGUGUUGGUGCAGGCGUAAAGCAGAGGGGUGUUUCAAAAGGCACGGCAUCGAGCCGCCACGUCUUCAUCUGCAUUAAGCAGGAGUUUAGGGUUCUUUGUGCAAAUCAGGAGCGUUCGCUCCAACAGGAAGUCUCUGGGAAGUCGUGGAAAAUUGUGAAAUUAACCCCUGUGAGUCUGUAAUGAAGACCGAUUCAGCAGGCAUCGUCCUCCCAGACGACUCGCUGUGCUGAUUUUGGUUUUAAUCCAUUGAAAGGCCGUCGGUGAGUUUAAAUAUCAGGAGGUAAGGCGUGCAGUAGAGGGUUAAAGAAGAAACUCCCAACAAGUCCUCAAACCUCAGUUUCACCCAUUUCUGAACUCGUCAGCGAGCUGCAGCACGUUUGACGUGUCCAGAUUAAAAUCAGUGAAACUGAGGUUUGUCCGCGUGUUCCUGACGUUUUCUUCCUUUUUAAUCAGCUGCUGCUCACCUGCUUUACCUGAAAGAAUCAUGUGACCUACUCGAGUCUUCUCUUUAUUUCAAAUCUAUCAAAAUCAAUUAUGUACACAGGAAAAAGUCACUCCAGUUGAUGAUUUGAUUAUGUAAUUCUCUCUGAUGUUGCUUUACAUUUAGGCGACUACACUUUCCCGGCCCUCUUAGGACUCGCUGCCUCCAUCAUAUGAAGUUUGUUUUGUUUUUUGGGAUUAAAUGCAAAUGUUUUAAACUGUCGUUUGUGAAUGAAACUCUCUUUUUUUUCUUUUUUUUUUUUUGUUCUGAUGGUUUAUUUUGGAGUGAAACCGCUCUCUCAUACCUCAGCGGGCCAAGAGCUUCAGAGUGAGUCUGUUUUCUCAGCUCGCAUCAGCCGGAGCGUUGAACCGGUGGCGUUUAAACACACGUGGAUGAGUGGGGAUGCUUUGGUUUUUGUAUUCUGUAUCCAAGGAAUAAAAGUGAUGCCUCUGGGCUGAAAGAAAA